CGUGGUGUUAUUAUGGGAUGUUAGAGCUGGAGGAAUGGCGCUGGGCGCGUGAUUUUGAACAAACACGGUCGGUCUCCCGGUGACGAGCGCUGUGUGUGUCUGGUAACCGGGGCCGCCAGCGCCGCCUCAGGUCCCAGGCGGCCGCGAUCCUCCUUCAUGCCGCCCGCCUGCAGGUCCGAGCGGCCCGGACACCACAGCCGAUCGCGUUAAUUGUUAAAUUCAGAAGAAUGUCCAUGCCAAGACGAGAUAACUAUCAUCAUGUAACAACAGAAGAUGUUUUGAGUCAAAAAUCUGAAGCAGAUUACCCAGUGCUUGCCGAGUAUCUGCAUUAUUAAGAUGGAAGUGGUGUCAGCUGAGGUGAAUAGCCUGCUACCUGAGGAGAUAAUGGACACUGCCAUCAUCGAAGAUGAUAGUAUUGAGGCUAUCACAAUAACCUCAGAGCAUGGUGAUCCAGUUCCCAUGGAAACUGAGCUCGAGGAAAUUAUAGAUCCAAAUGAAGGCAAGAACUCUGAGAUUCUGUCGAGCAUUGCAGACCAGGUCACUGUGUUGACAAAUAGUACUACACCAUUUGUUUUAAGUGACCCAAGUAUAAAGAUGGAAAUUAAUACUAUUGACAGUACGUCAAAGGCUACUGGCAACAUCAGCCUCCCAAGCACAACUGCUGGAACACCCAUAUCUUUAGCAGCAAAUCAGAUUGUUCUUAACCCAGUAUCUGAACACUCUGAUUACAGCAUCUCCAGCCAAGCUAUAAAGUCAGAACCAGUAGGGCAGCAACUGGUAGUGACUACUCUUGGAAAGUCCCGACAGUCCAUCGUACUUUCGUUGCCGCCAAGUCAAGGAACUCACCUUCAAGUCUCCUCUCAAUUACCAGCAAUGGACCCACAGGGGCAGAAACAAAUAAAGGUAGUUACUCUUGGUGGAAGAGUUGCGGGAAAGACACUAACUGGAGUAUCAAAUAUGUUGGUUUCUGGGAAUCCUUCUCUAAAUACAUCAGUUCAGCCUGCACAAAAUCAGAUUGCCAAGAAAUGCACAUCCACUUCUGCUGCAGGACCAAUGAUCACAAAAUUCAUUAUUGCCAAACCCGUCCACAACAAGAACAUUGUAACAGGUAGAGUUCUUCCUCAAAACGCGCUUGGAACUGCCUCAAACACUAUCACUAUGUCUGAAGGCAGUGCUAUUGGGUCCAAUUUCAACUCUGCAGCACAACAGACAGCAAACAAGAUUGCUAUCUCUCCACUGAAAUCUCCAAAUAAGACAGUGAAGCCAGCUGCCCAAGCACUAACAAUGGGAACAGUGAAUGCUCCCCAGUUCAAAACCAUCAUUCCUCUGGCAACACCACCCAACGUUCAGCAGAUACAAGUACCAGGGAGCAAGUUUCAUUAUGUACGGCUAGUUACUGCAACGACAGCCAGUGGCACCCCUCAGACAGUCAGCUCGAGCUCCAGUGCCAACACACAACCUUUAUCACAAGCGAAGACAGUUGUCCUGAAUCCACAAGUUCGUAUGUCUGUCCCAAUUGCACCAGCACAAGGCAUUAAAAAUGUGGUUCCUAAACCCAUUGGCAGCACGACACAAAUAGUUACUACCAGCCAACCUCAACAGAGACUCAUUAUGCCUGCAACUGCAUUGCCACAGAUCCAGCCUAACUUAACAAAUCUCCCACCAGGCACUGUUCUGGCACCAGCUCCUGGAACUGGCGGUGUGGGCUAUGCAGUUGUCCCAGCUCAAUAUGUAACACAGUUGCAGCAGACCUCCUAUGUAUCAAUAUCCAGUAACAAUGGAUUUUCUGGAACAUCCAACAUUCAGAGUCAAGCAAAGCUCCCAAUCAAUGGGUCAUCAACAUCAGAGUCAGGAACAAGACCUCGGAAACCUUGUAAUUGUACAAAGUCUCAGUGCCUCAAGCUAUACUGUGAUUGUUUUGCAAAUGGAGAAUUUUGCAAUAACUGCAAUUGUACUAACUGCUUCAACAAUCUGGAACAUGAAGCUGAGCGGCUAAAAGCAAUAAAGGCAUGUCUUGACAGAAAUCCAGAAGCAUUUAAACCUAAGAUUGGGAAAGGAAAGGAAGGUGAAUCUGAUAGACGACACAGCAAAGGAUGUAACUGUAAAAGAUCAGGGUGUCUGAAAAAUUACUGUGAAUGCUAUGAGGCAAAGAUAAUGUGUUCAUCGAUAUGUAAAUGUAUUGGCUGUAAAAACUUUGAGGAAAGCCCUGAGCGGAAGACCCUCAUGCAUUUGGCAGAUGCUGCAGAAGUGCGUGUCCAGCAACAGACGGCUGCAAAAACAAAGCUUUCAUCACAAAUAUCUGACCUACUGACCAGAACAAUGCCAGCAGUUACAAGUGGAGGGGGAAAGUUGCCAUUCACAUUUGUGACAAAAGAAGUGGCAGAAGCAACUUGUGAAUGCCUUCUGGCACAAGCUGAAGAGGCAGAGAAGAAUAGUCAGACAAAAGCUGUCACGGAACGCAUGAUCCUGGAAGAAUUUGGGCGCUGUUUAAUGCAGAUUAUAAACUCAGCAGGAAAAGCCAAAGGAGAUACUUGUGCUCUGAGUUGCUGAUCCACCAGUUGCUGUCCUGUGGAAACUGAACAGGAAAAAUCAUCUGUGAAAACUCGGCUAAUGGCUUUUUCCUAGAUUAAAUCUGAAAAGUUUUGGGCUUACCAUGAUAUUUUACAGCUGUAUGGUUAGCAAGAACUUUCAAUAAGUCAGAUUAUUCCUUUUUGGCAGACUUUGUGUGCAUUGUCUAACUGAGGUGCCUUUUUUAAACUUAAUGCUUAGAAUACAGAGUAAGUAGAUUUUAUGAUGUAAAAUCAGUGUGUGAAUAUGCAAAACCGUUGUGAAGAAGACACCGUUUUCAUGCUAGUGGUGACAUUUUAUAUAUUUUCCAUCCCUCUAUGCAAGGUUGCUUUCUCUUUGUUGACCACCUUUUCCCCAGGAUGUUAUUGACACUUUGGGCAUUCUGAUCCCUUGGUGAAAAGUGUCUUGUUAGUUUGUGGUACAUUCUGUCGCUGCAUUUGAUAGUGGAAGAUUUGAGUACUAUACCUACAAUUAAAGGUACCCUCAAAUUACUUUCCAAAAGCAUUAUGAAGAUCAAGUUUUUGAUAAUGAUAAUUAAAAAUGUAACAGAACCUGCGGAUGGAAAUACGGUUUUGUGUGGCUGAAAAGCUUUUGCAUUACAUAUCAUCUUGGUGUUAAUGUAAAUGUGUAUCUCCUUAUGAGAUGCAUCAUUAAUUAUUGAGUCAUUUGGUCCAUAGCACUUUGAAAAUCAGUUAACUUGCUGUGAGCUAGUACUGAAGGGACUAUUGGCUUUAUAACACUUUGAUCAACUGAUGGCUUUGCCCUUUAUCAGACAUGGCAAAUUCAUGUAUCUUGGUAUAUUUGAUUAACAUUGACUUUCACCCUCUGACCAUUUUGUUGACUUUUUCUCCACCUCUGAACAAAACUGCCAAUUAAGAUCACAAGCUGGCACUGCAGUGUAGGGUGUAGCAGGUUGUCCAUUUGUGUGUCUCCCUUGCUCUCCAAUACCACCUCACUCACUCACUCUCUUCCCUUCCCUCCCUCCUAUUAUUGGCUAUUUGUGAGCUGCCAUACCAAAGUACAGGUAUUUGCCUGUGAAAGGGGAAAACAAUAAAGAGCUACCCCUUGAUUUGUAGAAAUAGUAUUGGCAGAGGUCCAAAAACAUUCUCAGCUAUGAACAGAGAAUAGGAAAAGGAAAAGAAAUGCUAGAACGGUCAUCACUUUUAUCUUUCCAAAAGAAAGUCUUCAGAGAAAUAUAAUCUUGUCACACAAGGGUCACCUAACAUUGUGUAAAACACACGAUUUUUAGGGUAAGCUUUUUUUUUACAUAAAAGCAUAUUUGCACGACCUUUUUGUAAAGUGUGCUCUGUUGAAUAAAGUUGCUAUAACCAUUUCAAUGAUUAAUGAAUGGAGGUAGAAGCCUGAAAGUGAAUGCUUCUCUUUGAAUAUGUCAGCAUGUCCAUUUGCAAUGACAGUGCAAUAUGCAAAAAUUCAAGGCACACUUUUUAAAAACUGUUUUUGAAAAAUGUAGGCAAAACUGAUUAUUUCCCUUAUUUUAAUUUGAAAUUUUAAAGACGUUUUCUAAAGUAUUACUACAUAAUUCUGCUGUAGAAAGACAUGUUGAAGGUUUGCCUGUUUGAAUCAAAAUUAAUAGUCAACUUAGUGAAAUUUGGUACCAGCAGUGUACAGUGUCCUAAUCUUCUCAACUUUUUUGUUAAUUACUGCUAUUUUCAUAUAACUUGAGGAAUAGCCUGUUAACAUACAGAUCGACAAGGAUGUUUUUAAAAAGGUAUUUUUACAGAAUGUUAGAACAGGGUAUUUGAUUACAGUCCAUACCUGCCUUAGAUUAAUUAUUCUGAGUAAUGAUGUAUAAAAUGUAUAUUAGUAGAUAAGUUGUUUCUCAAGCUUGUACUUUAUCAGGUUUCAAGAGGUGGGGGGAAAGUGUUGUCUUUCUCUACUGUACCAGGAAUUGAAAUGCUAUACUAAUUUGUAUAUAUUCUGUUUAUUUAGUUUCUGCAGCUGUAUUAUGUAUAUUUAAAUAUUGUAUACAAAAGUACUUUUGGUUAUCUGAAUGGAAUUCAGAUUACGUGUGUAGAUUGUGAAAAUAGUGUGGAUAUCACUGUGGGUGUUUUACUGGUUUUAAUUUGAAGAUGCAGUUCCAUAUCUUUCUGGUGUCUUGUGUUUUCCUCUGAUUUUUCUGUACUACAUUUUACAUAUUUUUUUUCUUCAAGCUCGUCAAAUACAGUGCAAGAACCUUUUUGUAACAACCCAAAUAUUAAAUUGAUUAAUUGCCUUCUAUGUCACCUUUGAAAGCAGAAGUAUACUUUAUUUAUGUUAAAUCAAUUUUAGAUUUGUAUUUCAUGCAAACUGGGAAGCCUGUGAAAGCUGUAAAACUUUAGAUAACACGGUUUGUCACUUCUUUUUUAAAUUUAGGUGAUUUAAAUACCCUGUGACAACUUAAAUUGAUAGCCAGAUAAAUGGGCAUCAAUCUUUGAAUGGACAAUUUAUGUAAGCUCUCCAGAAAACAGCCAUCAUGUUUGGAUAUUUCAAAUAUAUACUUCAGGAUAUACACUUUCAAGUUAAAUGUAAAGCAAUAUUUGUCCUUGGUAUUGUCUGUGAUCUUAUUAAUAUGACUUCCUCAAAUGUAUUUGUGCUGUAACUGUUCACUACUUGAGAGGAUUAGACAUGACAAAAUGCAUGAUUCUCAGUACAGUUUACUGACAAUGCUGUCAUUUUUUGUUUAACCCUUCCUUUCACAAAUUACUUCUGAAGAGCAGUUUAUGUUGGUAAAGGGGCCCAUCUUAAUGUAAUUUUGAUUUCUGGGGAUUGAUUUUGUGAUCAGUAAAGAAUGAGAGCUUAGAGAACAACACCAAGAUAAUUAAUAUUAGCAAAUUUAAUUUUUAAGUAUACAAUAGCGCCUCGACUUAUGAACUUAAUUCGUUCUGGGACCCAGUUCGCGAACCGAAAAGUUCGCGAACUGAAUCAAUUUUUCCCAUUGUUCAGUUAGCGUAAGAAUGCUUGGACGUAGCAACGAACGCUGUUCACAGUGCACGCGCCAAAGAUGAACUGAAUGAGAUCACGCGGGGCCCGAGAGCUUUUGCAUUCAACAAACGCGUAGCAAAGCAGAACAAUGAAACCAUGUGGUCGCACACUGGCUUUUUGCGUUCAUACCUUGAACUUCAUAUGUAUGUUGAAGCAAAAUUUUACGUACAAUCCUGUUCGUAAAUCGAUUUGUUCGUGAACGGGGUCGUUCGUAUGUCGAGGCGCUACUGUAUAUGCUAAAACAUAACCUGUAACCUUUAAAGGAAGAAACGUCUUGUAGCGACUAGACUUGUUUUAUUUUUGCAGUUGAUGGGAUGGUGCAUAACACUGGAAUAACUAGCAUGUGGUACAAUGGAUUGUGGGCAUGUGUUCUUCACUCUCUGAUCCAAGUUUUAAUUCCUCAGCUGUGUUGCUGUCCCCACAGAAUAUCCUUUACCUGCACUUGGGCAAUUCCUACCAAUUUUAUGGUGUCAUUUCAUUGUGACAUGAUGAGCAGGUAACCCUAGCACUUGCAAUCUGUAUAUGAUCCAGGGGAAUAAAAGAUGUCAUACUUUCCCAACAAAUUUGGAUAAGAUGUUUUCUGGUUUAACCUCGUUUGCUUUGUCUUUGAAUUUUCUCUCAUUCUUUUGAUCUGUGCACACUAUUUUCUAGACAAAGGAACAACCAAAAAGCUUAACAUACAUGUUCUGAGAAGCAAGGUUUUGUCAGUUUCCUUUUAUGGAUGUCAUUUAGCUGACUAUGAAUCAUAAAACAACUGAGUUUGGACUCUCAUUCUCCCUCUCUGAAGUAGUUUGUUAAACUUAUUGUCUACUAUUUAGCUUCUGGGCCUUAGUUGGAUUUUUUUGAAAAAACAAUGAUAACAUAGGCACUGUGGACAAGAUACAGAUUUGGGCUUCAACCUUCAGUUUUGUAAUGAAAUACCAAGCACCCUCUCUUCCUGACUCCUUGAGGAGAAGAGGAGUAACAUGUUCUAGAAUAACUUGCAACAGCUCAUUCAUAAUGGCAUUGCAAACUCCUCUGAAGUGGUUAACCAUGAUUGGUGCAUGAGCCAGGUGCAUGUGGAGGAAAGAUAUUGUUCCUUAUAGUAAACUUUACUUCAAAGGUCAUGCAGGUGUGGCCAGUUCCAGGAUUCCCAACAUUAAAGAAGUCCUCCUUUGUAGUCCUGUUGUGAAUUUCACUGAUAAUAAGUAAGAAAUUGAAAACUACUUUCUUCAUCCUAUACCUAAAUUAUGGCCUUUCUCCUUUAGUGAUUAUUAACCUUUUAAGGUAUACCAGAAUAUAAAUCAAGUUAAUAAAAAUUAUUCCAUUAUAUCAUUUUUGAGAUACCUUUUUAAAAAGUAUUGACUUUAAUAGCGCAUGUGCUUUUGUCCUAACAAAUCCGAUCAAAUCAUGAUAAUGUUACUAAUUGCACUGCUAGAGAGGGGUGUCAAAGACUGUUGUGUGAAGUACUUCUAUAAAAAUACAAAUAUGGAGGAGCUGUUAUAUUGCACAACUUCCUAAUAUUAAGGGAUAGAAGAACUUUGAUCAUUAUUAAGAAUAUUUCUUUUUAAAGGUUAUCUGGUCACUUCUAUAUUGCUUCCAAUGCACAGCACUAUAGGAGUGACUAUCUCUAUGACAUUAGGUCACAGUUUGACUGUGGAGCAAUAAAGAAAUUGCCAUUGCUCGACACUGAGGUUGUCUCACACCACUUGAACCUGACAUUGUUCUGGCGUUGUGAUGCCAAGCUGUUCGUCAGCCUCUGAACUUCAAGGAAAACUAACUUCAGUUCAUAAUGUUCUGAGAAGCUGGAUGUUCUAAUUUCUGUUCUUAACAUUUGAUAUUUACUGCUAGGGAUGAAAACUUUGCAUUCUGUACGCACACUUUGUGCGCUCGUGACAGUGUAUGAGUUUGCAGUGCUCUGGUGCUUCUAAUUGCAAAAGGGUAUCUAUGCUUCAGAUUGAUAAUGGCAAAAAAAAGACCAUUACAUUUUCAUUUGUGUUGCUUUCCCUCUGCUGCUUUGUGGAUUAACAAACCUUUUUAUAUAUAAUGUAGUAUACUGAAACUGAUAUAUUUAAAUGCAGCUGUUUGAAGGGUUUCUGACUGCUGCAUUGCUUGAUCAUUUCUAUGUGAAUGUCAGAUUUGUUCAGCACAAAUUUCUGUGGAGAUUUUAACCACCCAACUGUGGGAUUUCUAAUUCUUUAUCUUCCACAAUGUUCAUUACUCCUCACACUUGAAGGGAAUCAUCACCAUAUUAACCGUCUCACUCAUACUAACCACUUUCAAGGGAUCUGCAGCAUUUUCAAUUUUGUGUUUCUUGAAGUUGAUAACUUUUGGAGAGAAAUCAGGAUUGAAUCGAUUUGAUUAAUAUCACAUCAUUUAAUCAUAACUGGCAUAUGCUUUUAAAGCAGCAGCCACAUAAUCAAUAUGCUAGUAAUAGGAUUUAAUUGGCUCAGCUGAAAAAAAUUGUACCAGUGGUCAGAAUAAACCUGAAUAAGAAUAUGUUGCUGGUGCUAAGCACCUGUUGUAAGGUUCAUUGGGUGAAUAGGUACUUGAUGAUUUUCCACUUUACCUUUUAAAUGGAAUCUGAAGCUUUAAUUGUGUUAAUUUCAAUUCUAUCUUCUGUUCAUUAGAAACUGAUUUUUGUAAUGUACUUAUGCGAAUUUUAUAUAAAAAUAGC